AUAAUUAAAGUCUCAGAAGUGAUUCAUCUUUAGAAAAACCCGCAGAACCCAGACAGAACCUUUUUUAAUACAAAAUGUUUAACAAUAUAUUUGGCAAAAAGCCUACAGUAAAGGAGCAGCAACGUGAAAAUGAUCGCAGCCUGCGCAAGGCGACGCGAGACAUUGAACGCGAGCGUCGCAAGCUGGAGGAAGAGGAAAAGAAACUGAUGACGGAGAUUAAACGCAAUGCAGCCGCUGGUAACAAUGAUGCUUGCAAGAUUCUGGCCAAGCAGCUGAUCGAGAUACGCAAACAAAAGUCUCGUAGCUAUGCUGCUGCGGGCAAAAUCACCUCCAUUGGGUAUCAGAACAAGAACAUGGGUGCCAACAUAGCGCUGGGCGAGGCCAUGGGCAGCACAGCGAAGGCUAUGGCCAGCAUGAACAAGGUGAUGCGACCAGAGGCCAUAGCGGGCACCGUCCGCGAUUUCCAGCAAGCAAACAUGCGCAUGGAGAUGACAGACGAGAUGAUAAACGAUACACUAGACGACAUGCUGGACGAAUCCGGUGACGAGGAAGAGUCCAACGGUGUGAUCAACAAAGUGCUCGACGAAAUUGGCAUUGAAAUCUCAGGCAAAAUGGCCAACAUACCAGCUACAGGCUCCAGCGAAUUUGAGUCAAGUGGCAAACGCACCGAGAAGGAUAUUGCCGAUCAGCUGGCCAAACUGCGUUCCUCUUAGUUAUUAAUAUCCCAAAUCCCAAAAAUAUUGUGCACGUACAGAUUUUGUAAACAAUUUUGUUAUAUAUCUAGGCUAUAAGAAGCGUAAUCCAUUAAUA